UGGGCGAGUCGCCUAUUUACAUGCGCUCGUCGCGAGUCGUUGACUCGGACGCGCAAGCGCCGGCUCGGAGCCGUAACUAGGGUUUAUGCGAGCCGCCGCCUCGCAUCCUUGUUUAUUACCCAUCGACGGUUGGAUUAAAUGCCAAGUGGAUGGGCGGAUGAGACGCCGAGUGGCGAACAGGCAAAGAGAGUAGUUGGUUGCGAUUGCGAUCUGAAGAGAGGCGUCGGUUACCGUCGACGCUUUUGCAUCCGAACACUCGAAGGCAAUUUGAUUUCUUUUGUGUUACCGUAUCAUGGAUCAACCGGCAGAGGAGACGGCGGCGGCGGCGGUGGCACUUGAGGACUUGUGCGACGAUCUGCAUGCUUUAAAGAAGUUGUAUGGUCUUCUCCAACGAGAAAAUACUAAUGAGUUGGAUGAGGCGUCUAGAAAUUUUCUGAAGAAGGUUUUAGAUGGUGCAACUCUACGGAUUCUUAACCAGGCAAAGAUUGUGCCACCAUGCGAGGCGCGACGACAGGAUCACUCGAUGUCUCCGGCUGCCGCCUCCUUGAUUACUACUCCGGCGGCGGCAGAUCGGAAGAAGAGAAUGGAGCAAAAUCGCCGACCGACUCAGGACCUGAAGCGGCUAAACUCACGGGGAUCCAGCGCAAGUAUCCGCCCGCGACAGCAAAAGAAGACCAAGUUGCAGAACACGACGACGACGACGAUGACACCGACGCCUGUAGAAUCGGAUGUGGUUAGGAAGAUGGAUCGAUCCUCUAAGCACAGCAAUGGCUCUCUCCGUUUGGGUAAAUCGACGGCGAAGAGAUCGUCACGGCAUGGAAUCGUGGCGGGGAUGCCGCCCUCGACUCAGGCGACGGCAAACGGUCGAGCGAAAGCAGAGCAGAAGGUUGAGGCUGACGCAAAGGUAGAGCAGGUCCGGCGACGCGAGAAACCGCCAUGCCUCUACGAGAAGAGUGAGCGGGCGGCUUCAGAAGUGCGCCAUAAGCAACCGGUCCAUGAUCAGGAGAUGACCGUAGUACGACCGAACCAUCGUCUCCUUCACGAUCACCAGUCGUUGGUUCGCCCAUCGAUCCACCUCGCCGGAAAACAUGAAACGAAGAAGCAGAGUGGUGAUCUACGAGGGAAGGCGCUCCCAUCUACGUCGAGACAGAAAGCCCGAAGCGAAUCAACGGUCGAGCACUCGCUAAGUAGCAAGACCGAAUCCUCAUCCUCCUCAAACACUUCUCGUCAAAACAGAGCGAUGCCUUCCAAGCAUGGGGGAAAACCUCCACCCAGGUCUCUCAACCGCCGCCGCCAGCCGGAACCACCGAUCAACAGAAGCAACCAACGGAUGGAGAAAGAGGGGCGACUCGAAAGACUGAAGAACAAGCUGUCCGUAAUCUUCCACCACCACCACCACCAUCACCACCUCCACCACAGCGCUCGUAACGGCGACGGAGUGGUCCGCCGGCGCCACCGGUCGCUCUGGGAAUACCUCCGGAGCGUCGGCCACCGGAACACGAACAGGGAAAUGGAAGGUCUUGGACGACGGCCGCCGGUGAAGCAGCCCGGCCACCGACACGCGCUGCUUGAAGCGUUGUUCCAUCUGUUCAUGUUUUCGACGAAGAAGGAGGCACGGAAACGAGCGCCGCCGCUGGGUACGGCGAAGAAGAAGUUUCGGUGGUGGCAAAGGUUGGGCCGCCGCGUGAGAUUAACGAUCACUAGACGACAUCGUAAAAACGCCCGUCUCAGACUUGGAAUCGGCAUGACCAAAUAGUCGUGGCUAA